UUUGCCCUGACCUUGGAUGAGCUUUUCUUUUUGUCGUUCUGCGUUCCGUUUCCGCUGUUUAUUCGGAUUAAAUCUUCAACUUCUUCAAGAAUACACGCGGACAAUGCCACAACCGUCUAUCCGCUCUUUUUUCGCUGCUAAACCUGAGCCCAAUACCUUUGAUGACGGUGAAAACCCGGUUGAAGAAGUAAUUCGCACUCCACAAUCAAAUAACAGGAGAAGGAUUAUACUAGAAAGCGAUGAAUCAUCUUGCGACGACCAAACUGACGCCAUUACUAAGUCAGUUUCCACUCUUCAGUCCGUCAAACCAGAGGCUUACAGCAAGUCACCACGCUCGCCUGUCCCAAAGCUUCCCAGAGUGGACGCGAAUACAUUGAAUGUGAGUUGUUUGCUGACCUCUCCGAAGGUGGACAACAAUCAGAAAACCACUUUGUCUAUAUGUACAAGUACGAAGCCAGGUGUCUACACUUCAAGACUUUCUGACACUUCAGUAUCCGCCACACUCUCUGACGAAGAUUCUCGUUGCCGGGCCGAUCAGUACAGUAAAACUUUCGAUCCAUCUAAAACUGACUAUCAUCCACUCAAAGAUGCUAGUUGGAGUAAGGGCUCAAGUGUUCCUUACUUGGCUCUUGCGAAGACGUUUGAAUUCAUCGAAUCGACUUCUGGGAGGCUCAAAAUAAUUGAGUUGUUGAGCAACUUCUUCCGAUCAGUUGGUGUCCUCUCACCAGCAGAUUUACCAACUUGUGUUUACUUGUGUCUCAAUCAACUGGGGCCUGCCUACGAUGGCGCCGAGCUUGGUGUCGGGGAAACCAUCCUACUUAAAGCUCUCGGAAUGACUACAGGUGUUGGUUUGGACCACCUAAAGUCUUCUCUAAAACGUCAAGGAGAUCUUGGGUCACUCGCAGAGAAUAUCCGUUCUCGCCAAAAGACAAUGUUUACGCCGAAACCAUUGACAGUUUCAGUGGUAUUCAAUAAAUUGAAGGAGAUAUCUCUGAUGACUGGGAAUGCGGCACAGGCAAAAAAGGUCGAACGUAUCACCUCGCUCCUUGUUGCGUGUCGAGAGUGUGAGGCGAAAUACCUCAUACGCAGUUUGUCCGGCAAGCUGCGAAUUGGGCUUGCAGAGCAAAGCGUACUGACUGCACUCGGCCAGGCUGUUGCUUUCACCCCCUUCCACUCGGUUGCCGCUUUGGCAGAUUCGGAGAACUCCACUCUCCUGAACGUCAGUGUUGGAUUACCUGCUGAUGCAUGGAAAAGCAGAUUAGAUGCUUGCGUAGCGAAUGUCAAGAAGGCAUAUUGUCUGUGUCCGAACUACGAAACGCUGGUUGCCGGUCUGUUAGCUGACGGUCCCGAUGGUUUAUACCUGCAUUGCUUCAUUACUCCUGGUGUGCCAGUGAAACCUAUGCUAGCUCACCCUACGCGAGGGGUAACAGACGUUCUCAAGCGCUUCGAUGAGUGUGAUUUCACUUGCGAAUAUAAAUACGAUGGAGAACGAGCCCAGAUUCACGUGCUGAACCCAACCACGAGUCGUGUGUAUUCGCGUAACCAAGAGAAUAAUACCACCAAGUAUCCGGAUAUUGUGAACACUUUGAUGCCCCGCGUGAUUGAAUGCGCAGUCCUUACCGACGCGACAAAGAAGCGCUUGGCGGGCAUAUCCACCAUGAGCACCACCACAUGUGUUGACAGUUGCAUAUUGGAUUCGGAGGUGGUCGCAUGGGAUCGCCAAGCAGGACAUAUUUUACCGUUCCAGAUAUUGUCGACUCGCAAGCGCAAGGAUGUCAUUGAAGCCAGUGUCAAAGUCCAGAUUUGCGUGUACGUAUUCGACCUACUCUAUUUGAAUGGCGUUUCGUUGAUAGAGCAGCCACUUCGUGUGCGUCGUGAAAUUCUCCGCGAAGUGUUUCCGCAAAUUCACGGCGAGUUCAUGUGGGCCACCUCAAUCGAUUCCUCUGAUACAGACGAAAUAGCCGCCUUCCUCGAUGAAUCCGUCAAGGGUAACUGCGAGGGCUUGAUGGUGAAAACCCUGGAUCGCAAUUCGACCUACGAAAUUGCGAAGCGAUCGCACAAUUGGCUGAAGUUGAAGAAAGAUUACUUGGACAGCGUCGGAGACACGCUUGAUCUGGUUGUGAUCGGUGGUUUCCAUGGGACAGGCAAACGCGCAGGCCGAUAUGGUGGAUUUCUCCUCGCUUGCUACGAUUCUAGCAGCGAGGACUAUCAGACCAUUUGUAAAAUUGGUACUGGCAUGAAAGACGAAGACCUCGCCAAUUUUUCGGACUUUUUCAAAAAUCACGUGGUCCCCAACGCCAAGCCAUACUAUCGAUACGACUCUACCCUGGUACCAGACCAUUGGUUCGAACCUGUUCAAGUGUGGGAGGUGAAGGCUGCAGACCUGAGCAUCUCACCUGCGCACAAAGCAGCGGCCGGUCUCGUGAGUUCUUUGCUUUAA